GGCCUACUCUCAUCAGGGAUAUAGCCUACUGACAUACGUUCUUGAAUUUGUAAAGAUCAACAUGAUUUCAUAAACAUCGCAUCAGCAGAGUUCUGUGAACUGAACGGUGUGUUGAUGGUGGACUUAUUGAGGCUGUAGAAAACUUGGAUGACAUCGUCUGUGGUGCGUUGGGAACAUGGAUCUCGGACUUUCGUUGAGUUUUGGCUGUACCGUCACGGAAGCGCAGCAAGCUGACCAACUGAACGUGAUGGUGAUAGAAGAUAUAAAAGAGGAGGAAUAUGACCAUAUGAUUGCAUGUCAGGAUGAUGAAGGAAGGCUUCCAGAUUUUCAUUGUGAAACUGAAACAGACGUCACAGAGUCCAACGAUAGUGACAAUGAAACGCAACAGACAAUAGCGGAGAUUGAAGUGAAGAUUGAACAAGAAGAAGAUGAAGAAGAAGAUGAUUACCUGCUGCAAAGUAUAUCAGAACGCCCGCAACAGAUGAUCCAUGGACAGAGUGAUGAACUCAGUGGAGGUCUCCACCACUGCACCGUCUGCAGGGAGAGUUUCACAGCCCUGAGAGAACUUGAGAAACACCAGCAAACACACUCUGUUGAAUGCAGGAAUGAAAAGCAGAACUCUAACGACAAAACGCAGCACGAAUGUGUCCAGUGCGGAAAAACGGUCUCAAGCGCGUUGUCUCUUAAAAGACAUAUGUCGACUCACACCGGGGCGAGGCCUUAUAAAUGUGUCUUCUGUGAAAGAGCCUUUUCGCAAAGUGGAACUCUUAAAACCCACAUGUUGUUACACACAGGGGAGAAGCCUCAUGAAUGUGACCAGUGCGGCAAAGCAUUCUCAAAAUUGUCACAUCUUAACGUUCAUAUUUUAUCUCACACUGGAGAGAAGCCUCAUAAGUGCGUGGAGUGUGGGAAAACGUUUUCGCAAGUUUCGCAUCUUAAAACCCAUCUGCUAACACACACUGGAGAGAAGCCUCAUGAAUGUCUCCAGUGUGGAAAAACUUUUUCACAAAUGUCGACUCUUAAAAACCACCUCUCGACUCAUAGUGAAGAGAGACCUCAUAAAUGUGCCCAGUGUGGGAAAGGAUUUUAUAUGAUUUCACAUCUUAAAAGCCACAUGCUUACACACACUGGAGAGAAGCCUCAUGAAUGUAGCCAGUGUGGAAAAGGUUUUUCACAAUCUCAACAACUUAAAACCCACAUGCGAGUACACACUGGAGAGAGGCCUCAUAAAUGUGACUAUUGUGAAAAAAGAUUUUCGACAUACAUGUCUCGUAACCGCCAUAUGUUAACUCACACUGGAGAGAAGCCUCAUGCAUGUAACCAGUGUGGGAAAAAGUUUUCACAAAUAUCAGGUCUUAAAACCCAUCUGGUAAUUCACAGUGGAGAGAGGCCUCAUAAAUGUGCUCAGUGUGAAAAGGCUUUUUCACAGUUUCAGCAUCUGAAAACCCACAUGCGCACACACACCGGAGAGAAGCCUCAUAAAUGUGUCCAGUGCGGAAAAGAUUUUACACACCCCUCAACUCUUAAAACCCACUUGGUAACUCACACCGGAGAGAGGCCUCAUGAAUGUGUCCAGUGUGGGAAAGCGUUUCUUGUAAUUUCACAUCUUAAAGUCCACAUGAUGACACAUACUGGAGAGAAGCCUCAUAAAUGUGUCCAGUGCGGAAAAGCUUACGCACGCAUUUCAUCACUUAAAGUCCACAUGAUGACACACACUGGAGAGAAGCCUCAUAAAUGUGCCCAGUGUGGAAAAGCAUUUGCACGAGCCUCACAUCUUAAAGAGCACAUGCUUACACACAUAAAUGCAUCCAGGGCGGAAUUGUUUUCUAUCUUAAAACCCACAUUUUUGGCUGUACCGUCACGGAAACGCAUGCAGGCUGAUCAACUGAACGUGAUGGUGAUAGAAGAUAUAAAAGAGGAGGAGUAUGGCCAUAUGAUUGCAUGUCAGGAUGAUGAAGAUUUUCAUUGUAAAACUGAAACAGACGUCACAGAGUCCAACGAUAGUGACAAUGAAACGCAACAGACAAUAGGCCUAGCGGAGAUUGAAGUGAAGAUUGAACAAGAAGAUGAUGAAGAAGAUGUUGAAGAAGCAUACGUCACAGAGUCCAACGAUAGUGACAAUGAAACGCAACAGACAAUAGCGGAGAUUGAAGUGAAGAUUGAACAAGAAGAUGAUGAAGAAGAUGUUGAAGAAACAUACGUCACAGAGUCCAACGAUAGUGACAAUGAAACGCAACAGACAAUAGCUAAGAUUGAAGUGAAGAUUGAACAAGAAGAUGAUGAAGAACAUGUUGAAGAAACAUACGUCACAGAGUCCCACGAUGGCAAUGAAACGCAACAGACAAUAGCUAAGAUUGAAGUGAAGAUUGAACAAGAAGAUGUUGAAGAAAAUGAUUACCUGCUGCAAAGUAUAUCAGAACGUCCUCAACAGAUGAUCCAUGGACAGAACGAUGAACUCAGUGGAGGUCUCCACCACUGCACCGUCUGCAGGGAGAGUUUCACAGCCCUGAGAGAACUUGAGAAACACCAGCAAACACACUCUGUUGAAUGCAGGAAUGAAAAGCAGAACUCUAGCGACAAAACGCAGCACGAAUGUGUCCAGUGCGGAAAAACGUUCUCAAGAGCGUUGUCUGUUAAAAGACAUAUGUCGACUCACACCGGGGCGAGGCCUUAUAAAUGUGUCUGCUGUGGAAGAGCCUUUUCGCAAAUUGGAACUCUUAGAACCCACAUGUUGUUACACACAGGGCAGAAGCCUCAUGAAUGUGACCAGUGCGGCAAAGCAUUCUUAAAAUUGUCGCAUCUUAACGUUCAUAUUUUAUCUCACACUGGAGAGAAGCCUCAUAAGUGCGUGGAGUGUGGGAAAACGUUUUUGCUAGUUUCACAUCUUAAAUCCCAUCUGAGAACUCACACUGGAGAGAAGCCUCAUGAAUGUCUCCAGUGUGGAAAAGCUUUUGCGCACCCCUCAAAUCUUAAAGCCCAUCUGAGAACUCACACCGGAGAGAGGCUUCAUGAAUGUGUCCAGUGUGGAAAAACGUUUUUUAUAAUUUCACAUCUUAAAGUCCACAUGAUGACUCACACUGGAGAGGCACCUCAUAAAUGUGUCCAGUGUGGAAAAGAUUUUCAAUACCCCUCAAGUCUUAAAACCCACAUGUUAACUCACACUGGAGAGAAGCCUCAUAAAUGUGCCCAGUGUGGAAAAGUUUUUGCACACCCCUCACAUCUUAAAGCCCAUCUGAGAACUCACACCGGAGAGAGGCCUCAUGAAUGUGUCCAGUGUGGAAAAGCGUUUUUUAUAAUUUCACAUCUUAAAGUCCACAUGAUGACUCACACUGGAGAGGCGCCUCAUAAAUGUGUCCAGUGUGGAAAAGAUUUUCCAUACCCCUCAAGUCUUAAAACCCACAUGUUAACUCACACUGGAGAGAAGCCUCAUAAAUGUUCCCAGUGUGGGAAAGUUUUUGCAAGAGCCUCACAUCUUAAACAGCACAUGCGUACACACAAUGCAUCCAGAGCGGAAUCUUUUUCUAUCUUAAAACCCACAUGCUAACACACACUGGCGUGGAGCCACAACUGUAACACAGUCAAUCUGGAUGUGCUCAUGUCAUGGACCCUCUCUGAAUGGUUAACACUAUGGAAUGCGCCAUCAGGCACGUGCAAUGUUUUGCCGCUCUAUAGGGAACUUAAGUCUCCGCCCCUUCCGGUCGGUCCACUGGACCGAAGAUCGGAAAAAAAAUGAAUGAUGGUCUGUGGAGAAAGAUAAAUUAUUUUCUGGUCCCGAUCGUCUUGUGCCAUGAAUUACACAUGAUGUUUGUCAAUUUUAAAGACACAUUUUCAUGUAAAGACAUUUGCAGUUAAUUUCGUAACUAGUGAUUUACAACAUUGUGAAAUAUCAUAAUUCCAGCGACUACAAACACAUUAGUCGCGUUAGUGACGUUAGCCCACUUCACAUACAGGCACAGCCACCGGCACCAGCAACAGCAGGUCUUAGAGCUUCCCCCCUUGCCGGCGAAAAUACCAUGAGUCAGAGCAUUAAACACACCAAAUAAGUUGUAUUCAUCCAUAGACUGUACAUAAACUACAGUAAAGUGACAUAGUUGGCAGCAAGAUGCAACCACUAACUAGCAUAACAACUAGCUAACUAGUGAGAGGCUCUGUUCUGUGUGACAAAUACUAUGUAUGCCUCUGAUAGACUGACUCACUCUGUUCGAAUGCAUCGAAAAUUUUUCUCUGUCAGCACCCCAUAUCUCUGAUGGGUGUGGCUGGAGGAGAUGUUUUGAUCUUAUCUGUUGUACAAAAUAAUGAUUUCACAGUAAGUUAAAAAGAUGAACAAAACAACGAAUAAAGCAUUUUGUUUAUAUUGUU